AUGCGAGGAGGCGAUGGAAGUCUCAGUCGCCGCAACACGACAGCGACCGCAAAACCCACGAUCCACCAAUAUUUCGAUCAGCCCCCGCCCGGCGGCGACUACCGGCUCCAGCGUCCCGUAAUCCACUCGCACCACAGCUCGCCGCCGCAUCCUCGUGACCGGUCCCCGGAAGGCGGCCCGUUCAUGGUGAUACCGGGCUCGGGUGGCGCCGUGCACAGAUCCCAGACCUAUCGUCCCGACAGCAGCGGCUACUCCGACGGGAGCUACGAGAGCGGCGACAUCCGCAGCCACGGAGGACAGAAGGGAUACCUGAUCUCGGCCGGCAACAACCAGCGUGGUCCCAGCAGCAACCGCGACGACUACAAGCGACGGUCCCGCGAUGCCGGCACGCUCUACCAUCUCGACGGCCCUCCGAGACGCAGGGGCAGAGAUAGCAGCCAGAGCCGCGCCGAUUACGACGAAUGGACCGAGGAGGACAAGCAAGAGGAGCUCAUGCGUAAUCAAGGCAGGAUGAUCGCGCACAACCCGUCGUCUUCGAGCGGCGCCCUCGUCCGACGCUCUCGCUCUCGCUCGGAUUCUCAGGGUCCGUCGAGUGCGGGCGGGGCCCUCGUCCGUCGUCGUCCCGAUAACGAUGACGAUGCUCCCGCCCCUUCUAACAACACCAUCCGCGUCGAGUACGGCGGACAGGCGAUCGAUAUCGCAUACUCCGGUACCAACGGCAAGUCGAUGGUUGGGAACAUCACCAUCAACACCACUGCCCGCACCGUCACCAUCCCGGAUCCACAGCCAUCGCUGCCCGCGCCGCCGCCGGCUCCACUAGCGCUCCCGCCGGGUGUCCAGCCCGUCAUGAUCCCGCCUCCACCGCCAGCGAGCGCCCACCCCGGCCAGCAGAUGAUGAUGGCACUGCCCGCUCCACCGUCCCGGCGGCCACCCCGCUCGGAGCGCGACAGCGAUGACACGGACUACUCGCACUCGCCUCCCGGCCGCGAUAUGUACCGGGAGUUUUCGAACAUGCAAAUCGAAGGGCCACCGGGCCACCAUCCCCAUCAUCAUCAUCAUCAGCACCCGCCGCGUCCUCCCAUCAUGCAGGAAGGACCUCCGACACGUGGCCGCCCGCCAACGAUGCCGCAAGCCCCUCCAGCUCCUCGUGCGCCUUCGCGUGGAAGAGCUCCAUCGCACGGGAGGGCCCCAUCGCACGGGAGGGCCCCAUCGCACGGGAGGGCCCCAUCGCACGGGAGGGCCCCAUCGCACGGGAGGGCCCCAUCGCACGGAAGGGCCUCAUCACAGGGACGUGGCCGGGCGUCAUCGCCUCGUGCGCAGUCUCGGGGCCGAGCUCCAUCCAACCCCCCUCCGGCCGAGGACCCACUGUGGACCAAGAUCUCGCGUGACAUCGUGUCGAAGCGGGCGGUCCUCGUGCGAGGGUACGACUUCGAAGAGGUCCCGAACGCGAUCAUCAUCUACCGCGUACUGGACGAGGAGGAGAUCGACGACCUCGUCGAGCUCUCCGAGCAAAUCCGCGAAGGCAAGGUCGAAGUCCGCCGCCAACGCAAGCCCAGCGUUUCCUCCAGCGGCGGAGGUGGUGGUGGUGGCGGCGGCGGCGGAGGCGGCGCCAGUGCUGCGGGCAACAGCGUCGCACGAAGACGCAGCACCAGCCGACGGCGGCCACGUCCCAUGAGCAUCCACGGCUACCCCGGUGCCCCCCUGGGCCCCGGCCCAUCGAAGGAGCGACCGCCCCCGGGCAAACCCGCCAUCGUCCACACGCAGCGGGGUCUUCCCGAGGCACCGGCACCGCCGCCGCCCGGACGCGAGCAGGGCAUGAUGGAGAUGGCGCGUGCUCCCGGGCCGCCGCCCGUCACUGUCCAGCAGACGAAGGGACUCAGAGAGAAUCCGGAUGCGCCGGGGACGUAUGUCGGGUACACGAGGAAGCCGCCGAGGGGUGGGGUUUAUCAUCGUUGA